AUGGCUUCUUCAUUGAAACCCGAAAAGAUUUACGACGUCUUCUUAAGUUUCAAAGGGGUAGAACUACGUCACAACUUCGUCGGCCAUAUCUACCAAGCUUUAAUCCAGAAUGGAAUACACACUUUCCGGGAUAGCGAAGAACUGAAAAAGGGUGACCAGAUAUCGCCGAUGCUUAUGGAGGCCAUCGAAGAAUCACACAUUGCAAUCAUAGUUUUCUCUGAGGACUACGCUUCCUCAAAGUGGUGCUUGGAAGAGGUGGCGAAGAUUAUGGAGUGCAAGGAGCAAAGGAACCUCACCGUUCUGUCAGUGUUUUAUAAAGUGGAACCAAGAGAAAUGAGAAAGGGAAGAAUGAGUUAUCAAAGAGCUCUAGAUAAGCACAAGUCCAAGUUCGGGGAGGAUUCGGAGAAAGUGAAGAGAUGGGAGAAAGCUCUUUCCAGUGCUGGUUACUUGUCCGGUUGGCUUUUGAAUGAUGGAGAUGAGUCGAAGUAUAUACAAGAUAUUGUGAAAUGGAUCUCCAAUCAUGUUGACCGAAUGCCUUUGCAUGUUGCUAAGCACCCGGUUGGAAUAGAAUCUCGAGUGGUUAUGCUAAAAUCAAUGUUAAACCUUGAAUCUAAUGAUGAUGUUGUCAUGGUGGGAUUAUGGGGACAAGGAGGUAUAGGGAAGACAACAUUGGUGAAAGCCCUAUACAAUUCUACUUUUAGACAAUUUGAGGGUUCGUGUUUUCUAGCAAAUGUUCAAGAAACAUCAAAAGGUUGCAAGGAUCUAGUGACUUUGCAAGAAAUAUUAUUAAAAGAUACAUUAUUACUGCAGCAAAGAUUAGAAGUGUCCACUCUUGAUAAAGGUAUUAAUAUAAUACAACGUAGACUUGGUCACAAGAAAGUUCUCCUAAUCCUUGAUGAUGUGGAUGACCUAUGCCAGUUAAAUGCUUUAGCAGGAGAAGGCAAGUGGUUUGGUAAUGGGAGUAGGAUCAUUAUUACUACAAGAGACAAACAUUUGCUAACUUGUCAGGGGAUAUAUCAAGAUCAUGUGCAUGAAGUUGAAGCACUAGAUGACAGUCAAGCUUGUGAGCUGCUCAGUAAGCAUGCUUCUCAGACGCACCAAAUCAGAAUAGAUCUAGUAAAUGGGGCUCUGAAUUAUGCUAAAGGUCUUCCUUUAGCACUUGAGGUGUUGGGUUCCUUAUUAUGUGGUGAAACAGAAGAUGUAUGGGAAAGUACACUAAUGAAAUUUUCUAGGAGUCCUAACAGAAACAUUAAUAACGUGCUCAAAAUUAGUUAUGAGGGACUAGAUGAAAAUGAGAAAGAAAUCUUUCUCCACAUUGCCCGCUUCUUUAGGGGGUGGAAAAGGGAGUAUACAAAGAAAAUUCUCGAAAGUUGCGAUCUUGAGACAACUGCAGAAUUUGAAAUUCUUGUUAAGAGGUCCUUGAUAAGAAUUGAGUCCGACAUCCUAGAAAUGCAUGACUUAAUUCAAUUGAUGGGUAAGGAUAUUGUGAACCAAGAAUGUUGCGAUGAUCCCGGAAGACGCAGCAAACUAUGGUUGUAUGAUGAUGUUGAUGAGGUUCUGUCCAAUGACAAGGAAGAUUGUGCUGUAAAAGCCAUAGUGUUGAAGCUACCUGAGUGGACAGAGAUGUGUAUCCAUCCUAAUGCUUUUACAAAAAUGAGAAGGUUGAGAUUGCUCAUCUUGCACAACCUGCAGGAUUCUUUCCAAGGUCCUUUAUGUCUUCCUAAGGGGCUUAGAUGGUUUGAAUGGCCUGGAUGUGCUCGCCGGAUUACUGGAUACUCCUCUGGUUCAAUGAAAUUAGUGGGAAUUGAUAUGAGCAAAGCCAGUACCACGGUAGUGCCUAAACAAUUUAAGGUGAGCAUUUACCUGCAUAGACCUUUUCAUUGUCUACUUCAUUUGUAUGUGUAUAUGUGUAUUACAUGUACUAGAACACGAAACGAUGUGGUGUUCCCUAGUCUUUGAAGCCACUUCUCUUUUU